AUGCAAAGUCUAGAUUUAAAUGACAAAACUAACGAAAGUGACCUUAAAGAUCCAUAUUGUUCCCCAGAAUUGCCAAAAUAUGAAUCUACUAAAGGUACCACAAAUGAGCAGCAGGCAAACGCUAUUAAAUUUUUAAAUUUUCAAAAAAAUAUAAUUAAUACUGUUCUUAUAAAUAAACAAAAAGAAGGCAAAGAACUUGAAAAUUAUGAAGAAUUAAAUACGCAAAGUCUGGUUUUAAAUGAUCUGGAAAGUGAUUUUGAAGAACCAUUUUGUUCUUCAGGAAGUGAAUACAUCCCAGAAACUGAUUCUGAAGAAUCGGAAGAGGAUAAAGGCACUAAGACCAGUUGGAAUUGUGAAAUUUCUAGUUUGGCAUUAAAAAAUCUUAAUGAACGACAAUAUCAGGAAACAAAAUUGUUACCUCUCACAGAAGAUGUGAUGAAAUUUCAAAAUUUUUUAAAUGAAGCAUCAAAAGAAGCUUGUGCAGCAUUACAGGGAAACCGUCAAAUCAAAUUAAAUUAUAGAAGAUUAUCCGAAUGUGUUUUAUCCUUGACAUUACUCCUAAAUAGAAAACGCAUUGGGGAAAUUCAGUACCUUAAACUGGAUAGAUAUAGUCAAACCGUUCCUCAAAAUCAGCAAGAGGAAUUUCUUAGUUCUUUAUCAGAAACUGAAAAAAUGUUUUCAAAAACAUUUAAACGAAUUGUGACUGAAGGAAAAGGCAGCAAACCUAUAGCCAUUUUAUUUCCUACAUAUAUCCAAAAGUUUAUUGAGGUUUUAUUGAGUGUUAGAAACCAAUGUGUUGAUGAUAGUAACGAAUAUUUAUUUGCCAAUCCUAAUACCAAAAAUAAACACUUAAGUGAAUAUCAUACCGUAAAGAAAUUAGCUCAGGAAGCAGAUGUGCAAGAUACGGCCCUUUUUACUUCAACGCGUUUAAGGAACAGAUUGCAACUAUAUUACAAGUUUUAA